GCAACUCAGUCAACAGGAAAUACACAAACAAAUUGCACUGCAACUUGUUUAUGUUGUCAAGACUCAGGAGGGUUGACACUAUGCAAAAAUUCCUGCAACAAAAGGGGUAGUUAGGAUCCAACAAACUAGAAUUUUUCACCAAUCUGUAACAAAUCCACCAUCUUCCCCACCUGAUGGACCUGAAACCCUGCUUUUCUUUCUCUUUCAUGCCCCUGGUUUAGUUUAGACCACCAAACCAGCUUUGCGUUUUGCUACAAAUGAAAAUUUAUUAGUCUUUUGAGUACUUCUCCAUAACUUUUUCUAAGCUAUGGUCCAUCUGGGUCACCAUGAAUGGAACAAUACCAACCAAAAAACUUGUUACUGACACCAUCUGGAAUAUCUUAGUUUUCAAGUGUUCCUUAAUAUCCAGCCUUUUACUUUUAUAGGUUCUGCACCUACUCAUCACCAUGUCCAUGUUCCAUUUAAUAUUCUUCAACUGGGUCCUUUUGUCUCUAGGUUAUUCUGUUUUUCUUGGCUCGGGCUCUUCGUGGUGCCUACAACAGGUUUUCCAGCAAACUGAGAGAACGUUUGAGCAGAAAACUGAUAGGUUCUGGGAAUUCAGAGAGCAAACCAACACUUGGGUUGAAGUAGAACUCCCUUAUGAUCUUGUUUCUUGUGUUAAUGAAAACUGUUCUAAAGUGGGAAUUAUUGAUCACAGAAUAACAAAUUCCAAAGAAGAAGAGAUGGAAAGUUUGAGAAACAAAGAUGGUGAUGGUGCUGGUGCUGGUGCUGGAGUUGUUGAGGACAGUUCUGAUGCUGUUUUGCCUCUAAGAAAAAGAAUUUCUUUGACAAGAAUGUCAGAAACAUCCAUCUGGGUCACAGGUGUGAGUGGUUCCAUAUAUGAAAGGUUUUGGAAUGGAGUUCAGUGGGUAUUUGCUCCCCAUGAUUUGCCAAUUUCAGCAGGCCCUGCAGUUGCUGUGUUCAUUGUCAAUCAAACAAUUCUUGCUCUUUCAGAAGCAGGAAUUCUUUAUCAGAUGCAACUGAGUGAGAACUCACAGCCACUUUGGGUAGAGUUCAUACCUGCAAUUUAUCAAACCACAAAUAAAGAAUCAGAGACGAUCCAAAUAAAGUCUGGUGUUGUUUCGUAUGAUGGGGAGAGGGUUUAUUUCUGCACAAAAAAUGGAUUGUUGUUAGAACUUUCUGAGGUUGAGCCUCCCAGAUGGGUAAAUCACGGUCGACCACCUGGCGCAAACGUUGCUGCAAUAGCUGAUGCUGCCAGUAUUAGACCAGAAGUUGUUUAUACUAUAAGUUCUACUGGUGAUCUGUAUGAAUAUGAUAGAACCUCGAAGCCUUCCUGGAAGAAGCAUAUAUGGAACAAAGCAACAGCAGGCAACACUUCUUUGACACCAUCACUAGGGUGUACUGUGUAUGGCUUGAUUGGGGAUCACUCUAUCUCCCUGUUUCUUCUAACUAAGGGGGGUAAAUUGGUAGAGAGACGGAUACAGCAAAGGAAGUGGAAAUGGAUAGUCCAUGGAAGUCCAAAGGAUCAUCUUCUGACAUCGAUAACACCAAUUCUGCAAGAUGAAUCAAAUGAGAAGUUUUCAUUACUUUUCGCUUCAUCUGUGGGAACUGUAUUUGAGUAUCAAAUAUCAAAAAUUUCAGGUAGUUCUCAAGAGAGGCAAAUUCUUGAAGGAUGGAUAUCUCAUAUGCAUCCGCCACAAGCGAAAGUUGCAAGAGGUGUUACUGGGCUGCCAUUUCAAGUUGGCAGGAUACUGUUUCCACUGGAUGAUGGUAGACUUGGAGAAUUGCAUCUAUCAGGACUCGGUGGAGAAAACUCAGGGCCAAAUAAUCAAUUUAAUGUCAGAAGAAAGGCACCAAUUAAGUAUGUCUGGUCUAUUUUAGAUGCCCCAGAGACUGAAGGAUGGAAUGCAGAGUACUGCACAGAAGAACGUGGGCCUAUGAAUUGCAUUACAGGCAUUAAAGAUGAACCAAAUGAGUCAGGACUUACUAGAAUGACUAGAAGGCGAAAGGGUAGCCAAGCACAACAUGAUUACUUACUUCCAAGUUCAUCAGUUGCGAGGCCAGAGAACACUAUGGAAGAGUAUAGUUUACCAGAUAAUUGGAUCAACACUAACUUUCGAUUGAGAGUGAUGCAUGGAGGCAUAUCAUUUUUCCUCAUAACAGAUACUGGUUUUACUUUUGAGUAUCUUUUCGCUGAAAAUAUAUGGCUUUGGCUAAGGCAUGACCACUCAACUCCUAUGAAGGGGGUGCUGGGAAACUACAAUGGAAGCUUAUAUUUGGUCGACAUAUACGGUAGUUUGCUUAUCAGAGAAAGGAGCAGCACUGAGCUAACGUGGAUAAAUUGUACUUCAAUGAGGAAAGGAAAGCAAGUUAUAGGAGGUCCUCCCUGGGAUGGAAUGACAGGUAAAGCUAUGAAAGUUACAGCAGAAGAUGCACUCUUCUUUGUGAGCAGAAAUGGAAGAUUACUACAAUUCACAGUAGCCUUGAGGAAGUUCAAAUGGAAAGAUUGUCAGCACCCUCCACUGACUAAAGUUGCCUGCAUAGUAGAUCAAGAACUUUUCCGGGACAAUAUAGUGUUUGUUGUUGGAAGAAAUGGCCGGCUGUAUCAGUACAACAAAGUCACUGGAUUAUGGCACCAGCACUAUCAGUCUCAGCAUUUGAUUUUAUCAAUAGUGCCUGGAACUGCAAUGAGGCCAUCAUCAGCAUCACUAACAGGCUCGCUCUUUAUGCUUUCACAAGAUGGGGGACUAGUUGAAUAUCACUGGAAUUCCUGGGAUGGGUGGAAUUGGGUGGAACAUGGCACACCUGAUAAAGGUGUGACCCUGGUUGGCUCACCUGGCCCAUGUUUCAAAGGAAAUCAACUGUUCCUGAUUGGUUCUGAUGGAAAGGUAUACCUCAGGUAUAUGGCUCAAAUGACAUGGAGAUGGAAAAACUAUGGUUUUCCAAAUAUGGAAAAAAUGAAUGCUGAUGAUCAUGGACAAGCUGGGGCCAAAUAUACAACAGAAGAAGUUUGCAAUGAUAAAGAUUUUGCAGCUAGAUUGGAGGCUGAAGAACUUAGUGAUCAGAACAAAAACUGUGACCCAAGGGUAGCAACCACAAGACCGGUUUCAUUCUCUGAAGAUUCGAUGAUUUUUGAGCUAAGAGAUGGCAGAUUGGCAGAAAUGCAACUAGUAGAGGACACAAAUUGGGUAUGGCUGCGUAUCAUUGCCACACCAACAAGUGAAUGCUUCUCCAAUUAUUGGACUGCUUUGGCAUCAUGAAAUCAUACACCAAUUUUCGAUCAGGAAGCACACAUCUACAAAUUACAAAUCUACACGCACUGUACAGUUAACAAAGAAUGCAACAGUUAGGAAGGUUCAUACCCUGUAUCUGCCUAGCCACAGGUAGGAGGCAGAACCUAUAACUGAAAACAUAAGGUAAAGAAUCAGUUUCUCAAAUGCCUGUACAAUGCAAGAAUCCAACCAAACAAAAAAGUUGCAUAGAUGUAAAUAAUUACCAAUCAAUAGAAGAAAUUAAAGGCA